UGUUUCAGAAUCAGAUCGAAAAUAUCAACUUUGCUCCUCUUCUUUGACGGCCUAAAUACCGGAGCUGAUCUUGAGUCAGCAAUUUGACACCGGUAAUCUUCUUGUGAUAGUCAUGUGAUCAUUCCAGGAUAUAUCUUAAAAAUAUUCUUCCUCUCAGCUAGACGUGUAAAAUUAUAGUUACUUUGGAUGAAUUAAAUGGCUUCCAACCCACCCAAGAUAGCGACGCUGACUUCUGCGAAUGGCAGGUUGCAAGCUUUAAAAAAUGCCUUCGAAAAAAGAUAUGGAGAACCUCCUCAGUUUUAUGCAUGUGCUCCUGGAAGAGUUAACCUAAUUGGAGAGCAUAUUGAUUACUGUGGCUAUUCAGUUCUUCCCAUGGCAAUUGAACAGAGUAUCCUUGCAGCUGUAACCGUGAAUAAAUCGGGGACAAUCCAGCUGGCCAAUACAAAUCCUCUCUACAUGGAUUAUAGCGUUUCCUGUACUGAGGACAUUGCCAUUGACCGUGACAAUCCAAAAUGGUAUUAUUAUUUUCUUUGUGGAGUUAAAGGGAUCCAGGAAAACUUUGCCAUUAUAAAUCUGGCAGGAAUAUCAUGUGUUGUUGACGGGACAGUUCCUCCGAGCUCUGGCCUCUCCAGCUCCAGUGCACUGGUUUGUUGUGCAGGGCUUGUAACCAUGGAGGCAAAUCAAAAGUCUCUCUCUAAGGUGGCUCUUGCUGAGAUUUGCGCCAAGUGUGAACGCUACAUUGGCACUGAGGGAGGAGGCAUGGACCAAUCUAUUUCAUUUUUAGCAGAAAGUGGAAAGGCAAAGCUGAUUGAGUUCCAGCCUCUUCGUGCCACUGAUGUGAAGCUCCCUUCUGGGGCUGUGUUUGUUAUAUCAAACUGCUGUGUGGAGAUGAACAAAGCUGCUUCCUCUCACUUCAACAUUCGUGUGGUCGAAUGCCGCAUCGCAGCAAAGAUGCUGGCGAAGGCUCGGGGCCUGGACUGCACCAUGUUACUGAAGCUGGCUGAGGUUCAAAGGGAGCUGAAUGCGUCUCUGGAUGAGAUGGAGGCUCUGGUGGAGGAGGUGCUUCAUCCUGAGCCAUUCACCAGAGAAGAGGUCUGCAAGACUCUGGGCAUCACCUCUGAGCAGCUCUGUACUGAGCUGCUGAGUGCCAACACACAACAUGUGACCCACUUCAAGCUGUACCAGCGGGCAAAGCAUGUGUACAGUGAGGCGUCGCGGGUGCUGCAGUUCAAAUGUGUGUGUGAAUCUGAGCCCGCUGACGCCUUGACCCUCCUUGGCAACCUGAUGAACCAAAGCCACUCCAGCUGCAGAGAUUUGUACGAGUGCAGCUGCCCUGAACUAGACCAACUUGUCCAACUCUGCCUGAAAUCUGGAGCUGUGGGGUCUCGGCUGACUGGAGCAGGAUGGGGAGGCUGUGCAGUGUCUAUGGUCCCCGUGGAGAAAGUGGAUGAUUUCUUAAAAGCUGUUCGAGAGGGAUAUUAUAGGUGUGACGCUCGUAGGGCCGCUAUAGAGAAGCAAAGUUUAUUUGUGACAAAACCAGGGGGAGGGGCCACCAUUUUUAUAGAGGAAUAACACUGCUGGAAUAAGUUAUAAGAUUUAUAUUGAUCAUUUUGAAAAUGUUUAGACU